CUUCCCUUCCCUUUCAUUUCCUCUCGUCUGUGGACUGGACUGGACUGGACUGGACUGGUAUGAGGGAUGAGAAGAACAACUCAACCGACGCCAUUAAUGCCUCUAUCUUAUUCUUUGUCUCCUCUCCUUCAUUGCGCUCACUAAUUAAAUGCUUUACUGUUUCUCCCCACUCUUUCUUCAACCACCUCUCCACUCCCCACUCCAACAUUUCUCUCAUCCCAACGGCUCUCCCCUCUUUCUUUAUUUGUUUCUUUCAAAACAAACAAAGGACAUUCCUUUUACCUUUUCUCUCUGCAUUUUUUUAAUGGCUUCUCAAGAUUCUGGCAAGCACUCUAGAUUUUUAAUGGUUUAGGCUUUUAAUGCACUUUGGGGCUCUCUGAACGUUUAUAUAUGGAGAUUGUUAGGCUAAGACUAGAGCUGAAGUCAUAAGUUUUGCUUUCCUUACGCUUACAUACUCCAGCUCUUGAAUAAGCAAGAAUUUUAGGUGGCUUGGUUUGCUUCUAAUUCUCAUGAAAGGAUUGGCAUAAGUGUCUUCCUACUUCCUAGGGUGUUGUGUUUUCAGCUAAGAUGGGAUCUCUGAAGAUACCUGCUCUUCUUAUGGUGAUAUUGUGGGCUUCCUUUAUCUCAAGUACUCAUGAAUUGCAGUCUUAUCAUAGGCAAGUUCUUCUGCAGUUAAGGAAGCAUUUGGAAAACCCAGUGUUGCUGGAUGUUUGGGAGACUUACAAUGGGGAUUUGUGUGACUACCCUUCAUCACCACAUAUGAGCAUUGCAUGUGAGGGAGACUCAAUUACUGAGCUCAGGAUUAUUGGAGACAAGCCAGUCAAGGUUAGUGAGUUCAAUGGAUUUGCAGUUCCAAACCAGACCUUAUCUCACCAUUUCUCCAUAGAUUCUUUUGUUGUUACUCUCACUAGACUAAAGACCUUAAGGGUUCUUAACUUGGUGUCUCUGGGUAUUUGGGGACCUCUUCCUGAUAAAAUUCAUAGGCUUGCAUCACUUGAGGUUAUGGACUUGAGUUGGAAUUUCAUGUUUGGUUCCAUUCCAUUUAAUAUGUCUAGACUGGUAAAGCUCCAUGCUUUAACAUUAGAUGGGAAUUUCUUUAAUGAUACUGUGCCUGAUUGGUUUGGUUCUUCAUUUAAAAACCUAACCAUUCUAAGCCUAAAGAACAACAGGUUAAAGGGUAAGUUCCCUUCUUCAUUGUCCAAAGUUGCAGCUCUUACUGAUGUAAUGUUUUCACACAAUAUGCUGUCGGGUAAAUUACCGGAUUUGAGUGCAUUGUUGAAUUUGCAUUUGUUGGAUUUGAGGGAAAACUGUUUUGACUCUGAACUGCCUCCCCUGCCAAAAGGGUUGGCCACAAUUCUUCUUAGCAAUAAUACAUUCUCUGGUGAAAUCCCAAAACAGCUAGGUGAACUACACCAACUUCAACACCUUGACUUGUCUAAUAACUUUCUGAGUGGGACACCGCCUGAUGAAUUGUUCUCUUUGCCUAAUAUCAGUUACUUGAAUUUAGCAUCCAACUUACUGAGGGGUUCACUUUCGGACCGUAUCAGCUGCGGGGACACACUUGGUUUCGUUGAUAUUUCCUCAAACAGGUUGGUUGGCAAGCUUCCUUCUUGCUUAGACCCCACUUCAGAGAAGAGAAUUGUUAGGUCUGGUGGGAAUUGCUUGUCUGUUAGUGCCCAAAAUCAACAUCCUGAGUCAUAUUGUGUACAAGAGAAACAUACUAACAGGAAAAAAGUAGCAGUACUGGUAGGCGUUGUCGGGGGAAUUGCAAUUGUUGUGGUACUUUUGGCACUUGGGUUUCUACUUAUUUUUCGGCAAAAACAACACCAUACACAAGGCACACUGGAUCACCAUACACAAGCUACAUUUCCAAAGAUUGUGCAAGAUGCUCCACAGACGGGGAUUUCAUCUGAACUCCUUGCAAAUGCCCGAAUCAUAUCUCAAGCAGCAAAGCUAGGAUCUCAAGGUUCUCCAGCAUACCGGGUGUUUUCCAUUGAAGAGUUACAAGAUGCUACCAAAUAUUUUGAUCAGUCAGCUUUAUUGGGUGAUGGCUCCAUGGGAAAAAUUUACAAGGGAAGGCUGGAGAAUGGAACCUCCGUUGCUAUUAGGUUAUUGGCCUUGCAUAAGAGACAUCUGAUCCGAAAUCUCAAAGUUCGAUUGGAUUUUCUUUCAAAAUUUAGUCAUCCAAACUUAGUUAGCCUUCUGGGUCAUUGCAUUGAUGGUGGAGGGCAAGAUGACUUAACAGUCAACAGAGUUUUUCUUGUGUAUGAAUUUGUUCCUAAUGGAAGUUUCCGUGCUCAUCUUUCAGAAACGAGCCCGGGAAAGGUUCUUAAGUGGUCAGACAGAUUGGCAGUUCUGAUUGGUGUAGCCAAGGCUGUGCACUUUCUCCAUACCGGGGUAAUUCCUGCUUCUUUCAGCAAUCGAUUGAAGACACAUAAUAUAUUGCUUGAUGAGCACCAGAUUGCAAAGCUGAGUGAUUACGGGAUGUCAAUCUUUAUGGAGGAAUCUGACAAAGUUGAAGGCAAGGGAGAUGUCUCCAACUCAUGGUAUAUGACAAAGAAAGAGGAUGAUGUAUACAAUUUUGGGUUCAUAUUGCUGGAAUCACUAGUGGGCCCCAUUAUCAGCGGAAAAGGAGAAGCAUUUUUGCUGAAUGAAAUGGCAUCGUUUGGUAGCCAGGAUGGUCGACGAAGAAUUGUGGAUCCAGUUGUGCUAACCACUUCCUCACAAGAGUCUCUAUCAGUUGUAAUUUCCAUCACCAACAAAUGCAUCUCCCCCGAGUCAUCUACUCGUCCCUCUUUCGAAGAUGUCCUUUGGAACCUUCAAUAUGCAGCUCAAAUCCAGGCCACCGCUGAUUCAGAACAGAAAUCCGAUACAACUUCAAAGUCAUGAGAUCAUCUGCAACACGCCAAUGCUGCAUUGUGAAACCCCAUUAAUCUCGACGAAUUGAAGAAGCAAGCUAAGCUAACCGGCUUAAUACUGAACCCCUGAGUGAAUGCUUGCUUGCCUGCCAAUAUGCACAUUCUUGACAGUAAAUGCCCUUCAGAUCUCAUGGUCUGAUCAGUGAUCAUAGGAAGUACAGUGAAUAGUGGGCCUAGGAAUUAGGAUACUGGGAGUAUAUACAGUGGAUGUGGAGACAUGUAUAAUUUACAAACUAGAUAAAGUUUUUUUUUUUUUUUUUUUUUUUGUUUAAUUAGGAUUAAAAACUUGUUCUUAUUUGAUAGUUAGUUCAGCCGUAGUGUUUGUCUGAGUUCUGGAUUCCUUAAUGUUGAACAAAGUGGUAGCUGCUACUUGACAAGGUUUAUAGCAUACAACUGAAUUAUGGGACAAACAUCAAUAAUCAUUUAUGUCACAUCUUUACUUCCA